AUGAAAAUUUUUUCGCUUUUAUUGCUGCAGUGUAAGAAGAAGGCCUGCCGAAUGAUAAAUUACUUGGUGCCCAGUGGGUGUGCAGUUACAGUGCGCGCAAGGGAGCCUUCCAGCCAGGACUUUCAGUUUAUGGAGGCCCAGCUAGACACAAUCUGCGCCAUGGAUUUGAACAGCAACCAGUUCAUACUCCCGGUUAUUCUGGAAGAGCUGAGAAGAGUCUGCAGAAUAGACGAAACAGUGGGGGUUCUUCCAAGCAUACAGCCUGAGGAGAUGCAGAAGAUUUUGGAGGCCAACUCAUUGGAGGCCGUUCUGGGGGAGGAGAGAAUGCACGAGCUGUUUAAUGUUCUUUUCGGGACAGAGCUGGAUGAGGGGGCUCUUGUAUGCACAAACUGCAACUGCGAGUACAUAAUCAGCAACAAUAUAGUGGACUUUGUCCAGGCAGAAGGCGAGGUGUGA